AUGCAACCCAGAAAUCACACAGAUGUUUCAGAAUUCCUUCUCUUGGGAUUGACAGAUGAUCCAGAACUGCAGCCUCUCCUCUUCAUUCUAUUCCUGACCAUGCUCCUAGUCACCAUCGUGGGAAACCUACUCAUCAUCCUGACUGUCAUCUCUGACUCUCACCUGCACACCCCCAUGUACUUCUUUCUCUCCAAUCUGUCCUUUAUUGACAUCUGUUUAAGCACAACCACGAUCCCACAAAUGUUGAUGAACAUACAAGCACAUAAUCGGAGCAUCACUUAUACAGGCUGCCUUACACAGGUUUACUUUGUCCUGGUUUUUGCUACUUUGGAAAAUUUUCUUCUUGCAAUUAUGGCCUAUGACCGCUAUGUGGCCAUUUGCCACCCGCUGAGGUACACAGUCAUCAUGAACUCCCGCUUCUGUGGACUGCUCAUUCUCUUCUCCUUAUUCGUUAGCAUUGUGGAUACUCUCCUCCACAGUCUUAUGGUGUUGCAGCUGAUCUUCUGCACAGACCUGGAAAUCUCCCUCUUCUUCUGUGAAGUUGUUCAGGUCAUCAAGCUUGCAUGUUCUGAUACCCUCAUCAAUAACAUCCUGCUAUAUUUUGCAACUAGCAUAUUUGGUGGUAUUCCUGUGUGUGGAAUCAUUUUCUCUUAUAUUCAAAUAGUCUCCUCUUUUUUGAGAAUGUCAUCAGUGGGUGGAAAGUAUAAAGCUUUUUCCACCUGUGGUUCUCACCUCUCAAUUGUAUCCUUAUUCUAUGGGACUGGUUUGGGAGUGUACAUUAGUUCUGCUCUUACUAACUCUUCCAGGAACACUGCAGUGGCUUCAGUGAUGUACACUGUUGUCCCUCAAAUGCUGAACCCCUUCAUCUACAGCCUGAGGAACAAGGACAUGAAAGUAGCCUUGAGAAAACUCAUUAAUAAGAUACCAAUGAUUUUUCAAGAGUGUAUUGUCUAA